CGCUGAGUUCCGUUUUGGUUUUGUUUUCAGCCUAUUACUCGAUCAAAUAUGUUAUGUUUCCUUUCCUGUCUACUUACCUUUAUUUAUCCCGUGUAUGCUUAAUGUAAAGGCUUUGGAUUUUACUCAGUUUCCGUCGUUGAAAGCUGGUUUAUAUUCCUGAGGUAAUCCAAUAUGGAGGACACCAAACGGCAGUUUGAUGGAGCAAGGACAAAACUGUCCACCAGGUUUAUGGCAGGAAGAGGACAAGUGCUUCUUCAAGCAAUAAAUAAACCUCUUCAAGCACAGGAAUUUGCAAAACGACGGAAGCUCCAGGAAAUGCUUUUUAAAGGUGAAAUUAAAUUGGAACAGAUCAAUAUACCGGGUGAAUUACUUCCUUCAAAUCUGGCAACAAGGACUACAAAGACUCAAGAGAUUGAAGAGAAACCAUCUAGAGGUGGCUUUGUAUUACAUGAACAACCACAGGCUGGCAGAAACUUAACAGGGUUUCAAACAGUACCUUCAUCAUCUGACUCAUGGAAAACYGACUCRUGGAGUGCCAACUCAAAUCAAUUAAAUAUAAAAAUGGAUCAUUCAGUCAAUAAUUCACAAUCAAAUUGKAAUAAUGUUGAUAAAGAAUUUCURCCAAAAGAUUUAGAAAAGAAAAAUGUGGCUAAACCUUUACGCAAACCAGAAAAAUCAAAGAAAAAAACACUAGAUACAGAAAAUGYACAAAGUACUGCACUUAAUAGUAAUGCACAGGGCUGGUCAUUGACACGGAAUGAUCAGCAUAAGAGCAAAAGUCCCUGGUUGGACUGGGAAGACAAUGUAAUUGUAGAUGGAUCUUUGGACGAUGAAGAUUUACCAGAAAUUGCUGCAGUGGAGGACAAUGAUGAUAUAAAUGACAUUGUUGUGAAUGAGUACAUUGAUGCCCUUCAGAAAGAUGAACAGAAUGACAAAACGCACAUGAUGGAAAAUAGAAAACUAACACCUCAGCGAGUACAACAAUAYAGCAAACUCAAAUCUACAUCAAAUGCUGACUCUCUGAGRGURUUGCCUGGAACUAUACCCAACCCACCAAAGGGUGAUGAUCGCUGGGGUGGCACUGAGUUGAAUGGAUCAUCUCUUGGCUGGGGUGAUCCAGUUAAUAAUCACAGGAAUGCAUAUGAUGAUGGCUCGUCUGUUUGGAGUUCAGGAGGCAGUCAGUAUGGGGGAAUGGGCUGGAGUAAUGCUAGUUGAUUUGAUUUUCAUACUGAUUGAUUUAAUUUUGRUAUUUUGAAAUUGAGGARACAUUGAAUUGUUAAGRGAGAAAAAMAACACCCUYCAAGUCAUUACUUUUUACCUUUUUACAGCUGUGCUAAUUUUGCAAUGCAAUCUUGUAUUGUUAUAAAAAUCAAUUUUUUUUUAUUUUUUAUUUUUCACCUUUUCUUUAUCUUUUUUUAAAUUAAUUUAAUUUUCUGAACAGUUAUUGUAAGGGUGAAAAGUAUAUUUAUUGAGUGGUAAAUGUUUUACUGCAAUGAUAUCAAGUCAAGUCAAAUGAAUAUUAAGCACUGUUAAAAAGCRAUAUUUAAGUUGCCUGUGAUAGCAAGGAAAAAGGGCCCUGAAAUUUCUGGAUAUUAAAGUAUAGCCGCUGUGUUACAUCCAAAACUGUGUUACUAGUGAUUUCCAAGACUGCACAACAUGUUGCUAUAUGUAUCAGUAAGGAAAUGAAAAGUUCUUGACUGUACAAGGCUGGUAUACUCACUCUGUUUAAAACUCCCUUUGAAUGGAUGUAGGACAGGCUAUAACAUUAAUCCAUUGUUGCCUUAGAAURCACUUAUAAUCUCCAGUAAUCAACUAUUUCUGAUAUACCUGUAUACUGGCAGAGAUGCAAUGCUGGCUUGAAUAAAUAAAUGCUCAAGAACUCAAAUUAUUGGACAGAAAUAAUCAACUAUAGAGUACAAUAGCCUCUGUUGCAUGAUAUUCCUAGACUGAUUCCAUAAGUCAUAGCUAGAAUUCACUCCUCGAUUCCUGUGAGCGACAAAAGACAUCUACAGAGAGCUUAGGGAACUGGUACUGACUUAUGGAAUCAGUCUAAUGAUAUUCCUUAAAGCAGAAUAUAUUUCCACGAGACUGUUGUUUUGGAUUUCUAUCARGCGAAGUGUUGUUAWUUUUGGCAAAUAAAGUCUCAUAUUUAAAAGACUUUGUCUGCCAAGGAAAGAGAUUUUGCAAUUCCUGGAAUCCCUCUGCACAUGCCCUUGACCUUAAUUGUAAAAUUCUGCUGAAUUCUUUUGAAGAAUAUGAAUAAAAUUAUAAUCUAGGUAUCUGA